GAUCAUUCCAGUGACCCCUUUGGCUCAUACUCUGGAAAAUACAAUAAAUCUAUGGCAUACCCGUGAGAUUUACCUACUUAGGUAGAUUAGACAACAAACAAAGAACAGGACUGACUCACCAUGGGUCCUGAGAAACAACCUCAGUCCCAAAACAUCUCCCUCUCCCAACCCGCUCAUACCCUCCCCUGCUCUACCAUCCUGCGCGAGCUAUCCGUCAACCCGGAAGAUGGCCUCAGCAGUCACGAGGCCCAGACCCGGUUACAGACCUGCGGGCCGAAUGACCUGGAAGGCGACGAGGGCAUCUCUCUGGUGAAGAUUGUUAUCCGCCAAAUUGCUAACGCGAUGAUGCUGGUCCUCAUCAUCGCCAUGGCAGUCAGCUUCGGCAUCCAAUCGUGGAUCGAAGGCGGGGUAAUCGGCGCCGUAAUCGGACUGAACCUCAUUGUGGGAGUGUAUCAAGACUACGCAGCAGAGAAGACGAUGGACUCACUGCGGGGACUUAGCUCGCCCACGGGGGUGGUCACCCGCGACGGAAGGACGGGGACGAUCCCGGCCGUGGAGAUCGUAGUGGGCGAUAUGGUCGAGUUGAAAGUGGGAGAUACGGUCCCUGCCGAUUUACGACUCGUCGACGCCAUGAACUUCGAAACGGACGAAGCCCUCCUGACCGGCGAAUCCCUCCCGGUACAAAAAGAAGCCGAACCCACGUACCCCAGCGACACCGGGCCAGGCGACCGCCUCAACAUCGCCUACAGCUCCUCAACCGUAACCCGCGGACGAGCGCGAGGAGUCGUCAUCGGAACAGGCAUGAAGACCGAAAUCGGGGCGAUCGCCGCAGCCCUCCGCGCCAAAGACUCGAAACGGCGGCCCGUCCGCCGCGGGCCCAGCGGCGAGACCAAGAAGCGGUGGUACGUGCAAGCAUGGACACUGACCUGCACGGACGCGGUCGGCCGGUUCCUGGGCAUCAACGUGGGGACGCCACUGCAGCGCAAACUCUCAAAACUGGCGCUGUUGCUGUUUGGGAUUGCGGUGGUGUUUGCGAUCAUCGUGAUGGGGGCGAACGGGAUGCGGAAUGAUAACGAAGUGAUCAUCUAUGCGGUGGCGACGGGGCUGGCCAUGAUCCCGGCGUGUUUGGUGGUCGUGUUGACGAUCACGAUGGCUGUUGGCACGAAGCAGAUGGUACAGAGACAUGUUAUUGUGAGGAAGCUGGACUCGCUUGAGGCGUUGGGGGCCGUUACGAAUAUCUGCUCGGAUAAGACGGGGACGUUGACGCAGGGGCGUAUGGUCACGAAGAGGGCAUGGGUGCCUGCUCUUGGGACUGUGUCGGUGGGGAUGGCGAAGGAUCCGUUGGAUCCGAUGGAGGGGGAGAUGAGGGUGCAGAGUGCUGUGGAGGAGGGAGAUGGGGAGGUGGUUAGACCGGGGGAGUUGGUUCAGGGGAAUGCAGAGCUGGAGACGUAUCUCAAUGUGGCAGCGAUGGCCAAUCUGGCGCAUGUGCAUCGGUCCGAAGAGAACGGACAGUGGCAGGCACGCGGCGAGCCCACGGAUAUCGCCAUCCAGGUGUUUGCGACGCGGUUCGACUGGGGCCGCGACCGAUGGACCAAGGGCGACAAGCCUGUCUGGACGCAGCGCGCGGAGUAUCCGUUCGACUCGACGGUGAAGAAGAUGUCUGUCAUAUUCCGCCGUGACGACGCGACGGAGAUGAUCUUCACGAAGGGAGCCGUGGAGCGGGUGCUGGAGGCAUGCUCCUCCGUCACCAGGACUGCCGGCUCCCCCCCCGUUCUCCUGGACGAGCCGAUGCGCGAGACCAUCCUGCAGACGAUGGAGAGUCUCGCGCAGGAAGGACUGCGAGUGCUGGCCCUGGCCAGCCGCAAGAGCCCUGGCUUCGGCCCCGAGGGCCCCCCUCCGCGCGACGCCGUCGAGAAAGACCUCGUCUUCAGCGGACUCAUCGGGCUCUACGAUCCCCCUCGCCCCGAGACGGCCGGAGCCAUCGAAGAGUGCUACCGUGCUGGCAUUGCCGUGCAUAUGGUGACAGGCGAUCACCCGGGGACGGCGCGGGCCAUCGCAGCCCAAGUGGGCAUCAUCCCCCAGGACACGAAGCACCUAGCCAAAGACAUCUCCGACACCCUAGUAAUGACAGCCAGCCAAUUCGACAAACUGACCGACUCGGAAAUCGACGCCCUGCCCACCCUGCCCGCCGUGAUCGCGCGCUGCGCCCCACACACCAAAGUGCGGAUGAUCGACGCCCUGCACCGACGCGGACGCUACGCCGCGAUGACAGGCGACGGGGUGAACGACUCGCCGUCGCUCAAGCGGGCCGACGUCGGCAUCGCCAUGGGGCAGUCCGGCAGCGACGUGGCCAAAGAUGCGUCCGAACUGGUGCUGACAGACGAUAACUUCGCCAGCAUCAUCAAUGGCAUCGAAGAGGGACGGCGCAUCUUCGACAAUAUCCAGAAGUUCGUCCUGCAUCUACUGGCGGAGAAUGUCGGGUUGGCGUUGACGCUGUUGAUCGGGUUGGUGUUUAAGGAUGAGAAUGGCCAGUCGGUGUUUCCGAUUGCUCCGGUGGAGAUCCUCUGGAUUAUUAUGGUCACGUCCGGGUUGCCGGAUAUGGGGCUGGGGAUGGAGAUGGCCGCCGAGGAUGUUAUGGAGAGGCCGCCUCAGUCGAAACAAGGCAUCUUCACCCCCGAAAUCAUCAUUGACACCCUCGUGUACGGCAUUUGGAUGGCCACUCUAUGCCUCACCUCCUUCUCCCUCGUCCUCUUCGCCUGGGGCGACGGCAACCUCGCCACAAACUGCAACAGCCGGUACUCGCCCGCCUGCGACACCGUCUACCGCGCCCGCGCCACCACCUUCGUCUGCAUGACCUGGCCCGAACCCAUCAAGCUCACAAACCCCCACCCCCACCCCUCAUCCUCAUCCCCCCCAAAGGUCCGGACCCCCCCAGGCUGGAUAAGCGACAUCUGGCGCAACCAGUUCCUCUUCUGGGGCAUCAUGGUCGGCUUCCUCCUCACCUUCCCGGUGCUGUACAUUCCCGUGAUCAACGACGUGGUGUUCAAGCACACGGGGAUCGGGUGGGAGUGGGGGUUGUGUCGGAAGAGAAAGAGGAAGAAGAAGAAGAAGAAGAAGAAGAAGAAGAAGAAGAAGAAGAAGAAGAAGAAGAAGAAGAAGAAGAAGAAGAAGAAGAAGAAGAAGAAGAAGAAGAAGAAGAAGAAGAAGAAGAAGAAGAAGAAGAAGAAAAGGACGGUACUGAAGCGAUGA